AUGCGGGGCCCCGUCGACGUGUUGUUGACUUUGGCAGCCCGCACCACAAGUCACUCUUCAACACUAACUCCCGAUCAGUUAUCCUCCAGUAUCAACUCUGCAAAUUUAAAUGCAACAUCAGCGCCAUUCUAUCCUUCGCCAUGGAUGAACGGUCAGGGCGAGUGGUCAGCGGCCUAUGCGAAAGCUAAGGACUUCGUUUCACAGCUCACCCUGCUGGAGAAAGUAAACUUAACGACAGGUGUUGGCUGGGAAGGAGAACAAUGCGUGGGCCAAGCAGGAAGUAUCCCACGACUUGGUCUCAGAUCCAUGUGUAUGCAGGAUGCUCCAGUUGGCGUUCGUUCUACGGAUUACAAUAGUGUCUUUUCAUCUGGACAGACUGUUGCAGCAACCUUUGACCGAGGCCUUUUCUAUGCUCGAGGCCAUGCUAUGGGUGCUGAGCAUAAGGCCAAGGGUGUUACGGUUCAGCUUGGGCCUGUCGCCGGUCCGCUUGGUCGUGCACCAGAAGGCGGAAGGAAUUGGGAGGGCUUCUCUCCUGACCCUUAUCUUACUGGCGUGGCCAUUGCAGAGACCAUCAAAGGAACUCAAGAUGCUGGAGUCAUUGCUUGCGCAAAGCAUUACAUUGGUAAUGAGCAGGAACAUUUCCGUCAAGUCCCCGAAGCAAUUGGGUAUGGCUAUGAUAUUGAUGAGGCACUCUCAUCCAAUAUAGACGACGUAACUAUGCACGAGUUGUAUUUGUGGCCCUUCGCCGAUGCUGUACGCGCGGGUCUUGGAAGCAUCAUGUGCUCCUACAACCAGGUCAACAAUUCGUAUGCCUGUCAGAACUCAAAGCUCCUGAACAAUUUAUUGAAGGAUGAACUGGGAUUUCAAGGCUUUGUCAUGAGUGACUGGCAAGCGCAGCACACGGGUGCCGCCUCUGCUGUAGCUGGACUAGAUAUGUCUAUGCCAGGUGAUACACUAUUUAACUCUGGCAUCAGUUACUGGGGUGCGAAUUUAACUCUUGCUGUUCUGAAUGGGACCGUCCCCGAAUACCGCCUAGAUGAUAUGGCACUCCGGAUUAUGUCCGCAUAUUUUAAGGUUGGAUUGACUCUGGAUGAGCCUCCGAUUAACUUUGAUAGCUGGACCCUUGAUACUUAUGGACCACUCCAUGCCUCAGUUGGAUCGAAUGUUCAACAAGUUAACUGGCAUGUCGAUGUCCGCGGAGAUCAUGGUGCCCUAAUCAGAAAUAUUGGUGCCAGAGCCACUGUACUCCUGAAGAAUGUCAAUAAUACUCUUCCUCUUUCAAGGCCAAAAUUCGUCGCGGUCAUUGGGGAGGAUGCAGGACCUAAUCUUCAGGGGCCAAACGGAUGUGCAGACCGAGGUUGCGAUGAUGGUACCCUCGGCAUGGCUUGGGGCUCAGGAAGUGCUAAUUUCCCGUACCUAGUCACCCCUGAUUCCGCUUUGCAGGCGCAAGCACUUGCGGACGGCACAAGAUAUGAGAGCAUACUGGAUAACUACGCUACACCGCAGAUCAAAGCCUUAGUUUCUCAGACCGAUGCGACUACCAUAGUGUUUGUUAAUGCGGAUUCCGGAGAAGGUUUCGUCAACGUCGAUGGUAACGAGGGUGACCGACAAAACCUCACACUUUGGCAUUCUGGGGAUGAGUUGGUCAAGAAUGUGUCCAAACUCUGCAGCAACACGAUUGUUGUGAUCCAUUCGACAGGCCCCACGAUCCUUACCGGUUGGCAUGACAGCCCAAAUAUUACCGCCAUUCUUUGGGCUGGAGUACCGGGCCAGGAGAGUGGAAAUAGCAUUACGGAUAUUCUGUACGGCAAGGUUAAUCCUGCUGCUCGUACACCAUUUACUUGGGGACCAACGCGAGAAAGCUACGGUACGGACAUUUUGUACACACCAAAUAAUGGUCGAGAUGCCCCACAGGAUAACUUCUCCGAGGGAGUCUUCAUCGAUUAUCGCAACUUCGACCGCCAAAACAUCACUCCCAUAUAUGAAUUCGGAUACGGGCUUUCAUACACCACCUUCUCAUAUUCUAACCUCACAAUUACCAACGCUCACGCCGGUCAUUACACGCCAACGACAGGAAUGACUGAGCAAGCCUCAACCUUCGGGAACCACUCCACCAACCUUAACGACUACUUAUUUCCCAAAAACCUAACCCGCAUUGAGCAAUACAUUUACCCAUAUCUUUCCUCGACCGAUGGCCGUGCUGCUUCCCACGACCCCAGCUACGGUCAACCUGCAUCCAAAUUCCUCCCAGAUAACGCUAUUUCGGACUCUCCCCAGCCCAAACUUGCCGCAAGUGGAGCCCCUGGCGGAAAUCCACAGCUCUGGGACGUCAUGUACACCGUAACAGCUACUAUAACCAAUACUGGUGCUCGAAACGGCGAAGAAGUUCCGCAACUCUAUAUCUCUCUCGGUGGACCUAAUGAUCCCAAGCACAUACUAAGGGGCUUCGAGCGCCUAAGUAUCGAUACUGGAAAGACGGCGACUUUUACAGCAGAUUUGUUAAGGAGGGAUCUGAGUAACUGGGAUCCAGUGAAGCAGGAUUGGGCUAUCACAAGUUAUCCGAAGACAGUUUAUGUGGGGAGUAGUUCGAGGAAUUUACCCCUCGCCCGGACUUUGGAAUGA